UCCGUCUGUGAUUAAGACGCACCAAGUUUGAUGCAAAUUGCAUUUGCAUGCUGGAAGUCAGUAAUAACUUAGCUAUCGACCUAGACCUAUGCGCUUGUUGAGCAGUUUUUGAGGUGAUUUUCUUAUAUGAAAUACUUCCACGGUUUUGAAAUAAGUUUUUACGGUGUAACUGGCAAUAAAAUUGGCUUGCAUGCACGCCAAACACACUUUAAGACGCUUGAGUGCAUCAAGUCUAGCAGUAAGCAAUAAGCUUCGCAAUUAGAAAGUUAAGUAAACACAAUGCUUUGGCAAAAGCUGCUGCUGAUCAAUCUUCAAAUAAUCCUCGCACUGCAGUUAAUCGCCGCCAACUCAGCCGAAGUGGAUGUGGACGAACUGAAGUCGCAAAUUAGCAGUCAUCUCAGCUACACAGCGCGUCGGCUGGUGCGCCUACAGCAGGACGUCGACGAAAAGUAUGCCGUCGAGUUGGAGCAACUGCUGGCGCUUUACUUAAAGGCCGCCAACGCCGAGGAUCCGCUGAUCGAAGAGAAGCAGCUGCUGGAGUACGAAGGUGAGCAACGGCAGUCAUUUAUGGCCUAUCUAAAUCUGCAGUACGACGAGCAAUUCCUCAACGAGGACAUACGCGUACAGGAGUGGAGCAUGCGCACACUGAUGACGGAGGUCAGUGGUGCAUUAGCCGAGGAAAUUGAAAAGGUAUUGCCAGCUUAUGAGAGUGCGCUGAAGAUUGUUGACUUCGAUCAGAAAUAUGCUGCCUUCACGGGUAUACAGGAGACAUUUUCGCCGGAGUUGUGGCAACUGAUCGAUGCUGAACCAGAGGGCAAGGCGGUGCUUAAUGUACAGCUGAAGUUCUUCAAGGAGUUUUUGCUCUACCUGCAGAAGCAGGACGACUCGCGGCCCUUCGCUCCAAUGUUAAGAGAUUCAUUGAAUGUAGUGGAGGCCGCAUUAACAAGUGCGGAUCUCAAGGAAAAGUUGGAGGUGCUAGACAGUUUUGACGAUUUGACGACGAAAUUCAGACGGUAUUUGGAUUAUAAGAUAUUGGAGUUUCAGUUCGAUCGAUUUGGGCAGUGAGUUCUACUGAUUUUGUGUUCAAUGUGUUAAAUAAUUAUCGAAUAAUUUGUAUUGAAUAAAGUGCGGGCAUGAAUUUGGA